AUGGCCUCCGACGAAGCCGGCAUGGACCAAGAAGGCCCUAAAAGAGCUAAAUUAAGUAAUACCACGUAUUGUUGUGUGCCUCAAUGUAAUGUUUACUCUGGAGAAGGAGUUCGGUUCCAUCAUUUCCCCAAGGAUUUAAAGCUCCGACUUCAAUGGAAAACUGUGUUGCGAAUGGGGAAGAAAAUAACAGACUAUGACAGAGUUUGUAAUGCUCACUUUCUACCCACUGACUACAUACCACAAGCUAAACCCUCGCUUGUCAAACGACUCAAGUCCAUUGCUGUGCCUUCCCAGAAGCUCCCAAUUCGCCGGCAUGAUGUUGUUGAUUCAUCACCUCAGAAGAAGCUAAAACAAGCUAGGAAGCGGAGAGCGGAGAACCGAGAAGCCAGCAGACUUUCAGCUGAAAAUGACAGGUCAAUGCAUGAGGAUGCAAACCUGUCUAAUGAAACUAAUGAAAAUAAUAAUUCCCAUGAGGAGGUAGAUGACAAUACUACAGCUACAGGUCCACCUGAAACCGGAGGUGAAAAUGCUCCAGCUGCUCCAGCUUGCAAAGAAAAGACCACCCAAACUGAAAAAUUCUCCCUAAAAACACUACUUCCAGAAGGCAGCAAACUUUGCACUUUUACAGGCUUAACCAGCUAUAAACUUUUAGACAAAAUUGUACUAUGUGUUACUCAAAUCAUACCUGAGUCUUCAAAAAUGAACUUAACAAACACUGAAAGAGUGCUCCUAUGUCUGACUAAGCUUAGACUAAAUAUGUCUUAUGCAUCUCUGUCUGUCUUUUUUGGGAUAUCCGAUGAAACUUGUAGCAAAUAUUUUCGACACACAGUGCAGGUAUUAGCAGAAGUCUUGAAAGGAUUGGUGAAAUUACCAAGUCUAGAAGAAACCAGAAGAAAUAUUCCCAAAUGCUUUCGGAGGUAUUCCUACACUAGGAUUGUACUGGACUGCAUGGAAAUACCAGUAGAAAAGCCUCGAUGCCUAAAGGAAAGAAUUAUGACUUACUCUCAGUAUAAAGGACGACACACAUUGAAGGCUUGUGUUGGUGUAUCCCCUUCUGGAAUGAUUAUUUUCUUGAGCAAAUUUUACGGUGGAAGGGCAUCUGACAAGAGGAUUGUUGUUGAUUCUGAAAUUUUAGACAGUUUGGAAUUUCGAGAUGGUGUGAUGGUGGACAAGGGGUUCAUGAUUGAAAAGGAGUGCAUUGAAAGAAACUUGCGUAUGAUCAGACCCCCCUUCUUGUCCAAAAAGAAAGCUCUUUCUAAAGCAGAGGCAAUCAGGACAGCUGAAAUAGCAAGAGCACGAGUCCAUGUGGAAAGGUCAAUCAAGCAGAUUCGAGACUAUGCCAUAAUGACAGAUCAGGUUUCCUCAUAUCUUGUCCCCUAUAUGAACGAUAUUGCUUUAGUUUGUGCUGCCAUGGUAAACUUAAGCUCACCAAUUUUGGCUAUGGACAAAUUUUAG